AUGGGAUCGUCUGGCGAACCAGUACUGUCGCCGGCGGUGGUGAAGCUAGAUUUAAUCGAAGCCACUCCAGAGACCUUCAAGGAGUUCGGCCAAGUAAUCGAGGCGUCACCGGACGGUGAAGAGUUUGGACCUCGAGACGCUCAGCUAGACCUCAGCCAAGGCAUUCCAAGGUUCCACAUUAUGCAUCUUGAAGACCGGAAACUCAAAUUCUCGUCGAUUACCCAUCACGCGAGUGUUACUCAGUGCCUUGGUUCGAUAGGUGGCCAUGUUUGGUAUCUUGGGGUUGCUAGGACAUCCAUUGUUGAGGAUCCGAGUGAAAUUAAGGGCGUCAAUGGAGCGGAGGUUGUGAAGUCUCGCUGUGGCCAUUUCUAUUUGCCACCAGCUGUUGAUGAUGUGCUUGUUUUCAGAGUUUCAGGUCCCAAGUUUCUGAAGCUGAAUCGCGGUACAUGGCAUGCUGGGCCGUUGUUCAAGGAAGAUUCGAUGGACUUUUACAAUCUGGAGUUGAGCAAUACCAAUGUGAGCUAGCAUUUCUCUCCCAUUAUUUACUGCAUACACUGACUUCACUAUCAUCAUCCAUUUGAUUCAAGAACUUUUUAUAAUCGAACACCUAAUACGUAUAUACGGUAUAAUGAUUGUUUCCUUCCCGUACUAUGAUGGUGUUGAACCAAGUUUCUUAAGGUUGAUGAUUCAUUAUGUCCUUGAUGAAGUAAUUUGUGAUGACAAACAUU